AUGGUCGUAGGUAUCGUUUAUUUCACCGUUAUCUUUAAAUAUCCUUGAUUAUUCACCAUAAAAGAAUGCCAUGAAUGAAAUGCAAAUUGCUACUGGUACAAUGAGGGUAGUUUAUUUUUAAGUUAUUUUAUUAUUAUGCUCAUAACUUCGAACAUGCUAUAAAAUUUUAUUUUUCUUGUUCCUUGUCAAGGUGA